GUCCCGGGCUGGCGUCUCGUGACAUCUUGACUUGUUCAARACUGAGGUCUUGUUGGAGUCUUUGCAGAGUAAUAAAGUCCGUUGUUUUACGAUUAUUGCUAUUUGAGGGAAAACAAUAUUGACAGAAGUGCAUAUCAYAUUCGGAAAGUGGAUUUGGUUUGGCGUUUUUUAGGGAAGUUCUCGAAAGUCCAUAGUUUUGUUGUGCACGUUGGUCGAUUAUCUUUGGCAGUGCCGUUGGUACCCRUUCACACUCUACAGCAAUUUCCAKGGAUUUCUUCUCACAACGAGAAGMCUUUGAAGCGAUGCUGGAAUAUAAUUGUAUUUGUGUAUGAUUGGAGCUUUCAAUUUAGUUUUAAUGGUAUAAGCUUGURCAUUCAAUCGUCGUUUUGGAAUWAGUUCUUGGUAGUACACUCACGGUCCUACAGCGAAUCCCAGCUUGUUGUACGUAAUCUCUGAUUGAAUCAUUUCCCUUUGAACAAAACUGUAGUUAAUWAUAUACAUGCUCGAGUGUCUUCAGCUGUCACCAAGUGAAUUCUGCAUUUGCUUUUAACCUUUUGGAGUCAUCAAUCAAACGUUCUUGGCAUGGCUGUCCCACGUUGGGUCUUUGUUGUUGUUUUGUGUGGUUCUUUAUGCACAAUUACACCAGUACCUCUUGACAAAUCAGUUGUGAAAUCAUGGUCUCAAAAAGUUGAAGAAUAUUUAUUAAAACUGAGUGAAGAAGGCUUGAAAACUCAAGAGCUUCAAAGACACUACGACGAAGCAAUUUAUCGAGUGGAAAGCAAGAAGGGGUCUGAGACUGUCAAUUCUGUAAAGGCAAGACUUGGAAAUUAUUUUGUCAAGAAAGAAGAAGCAGCCAGGAAAUUAGCUAAAGAAGUCCAGCGUGURCAUGAUCACUUCUACACUAAUGCAUCUCUACGGCAAAAAGCAGAAGUGAAAUAUCUCAAGAAUUUAGAUAGAAAUAUCUAUGCAGAUAAAGACAUCAUCAAGACAUUGCCUGAUUUAGAAUUUGACCCGCUAUUCAAACUAAGAGUCAGCAAAUCACAGAGCGCUGUAAAGAUAUCAGAUCAAGUUGUAAGGAAUGCUGACAAUGUCAUUGAUACUGUCUUCUGGUCUGCUGCAUUGGAUGAAAUAUUCAAGAAAAACUUAAAAGAAGAUCCAGAAUUAAGAUGGCAGAAUUUUGGUUCGGUUGAAGGGGUAUUGCGGCAGUAUCCAAGCAGUGAGUGGUCAACCAAUUUUGCUGGUUUUCACAUUGACUAUGACCCACGGAUGAGACCUUGGUAUAUUGGUGCUACCUCUGGGCCUAAAGACAUAGUAAUAGUUCUUGACUGUAGCUACUCCAUGAUGGGGAAAAGAAUACGCAUGGCCAAAGAGGUGGCAAAAACUGUUUUGAACACUUUGACCAAGCAAGACUUUGUUAAUGUUAUCUGCGGACGUGAGAGUAACUGGGAUGAAGUUGGAAAAUACUACAAGUAUGAUACUGAAGUGUUAAGUUGUCAAAAAGACAGACUUGUUCCUGCAUCAACGUCACACAAGAAAGAUCUUGCCGAAAAAAUUGACAGCUUAAAAGCUGGCGGAACUAGUGAACUUAAGAAAGCCUUUAAGWUAGCAUUCACUCUUCUAGAAGGCAGAGCAAAGACUGGCUGUCAGAGUAUUAUCAUAUUUGUCACUGAUGGUCUGGAUAAUGAUGGUGAUCCAGUGAGAUGUGGUACUGGUUAUUAUACUAGAAGUGGUUAUGUUCCUGGUCAGUUGUGUAAAUAUAACUGGGAYGAUGUGUGGAGUGAGGUGGCCAAACUUAAUAAGUUUAAGAUGCCAAAGACUCGUAUAUUCUCCUACCUGGUCAAUGACAAAGGUGGUGAAGAAUUCCCAGGAAAGCUGGCAUGUGACAAUAAUGGUUACAUGAAGAAACUAGUGGAAACUGAGAAUAUUAUAUCCCAGAUGCAGGACUAUUACAGUUUUCUGGCCUCCAAUACUAUCAGUAUCAGCAAUGUAACGUGGACAUCACCAUAUUUAGAUGCAUCAGGUCUGGGAUUGAUGGUCACUGUUGCAAUGCCAGUCACCAGUAAGGUGACAAACAGGUUUGUAACAUUUAUGUUCCAUACAUUUCUUUGUAAAUUUUGCCGACUUUUAAACACUAACGUAUUGUUGAAUGACCAGUGGGGCUCUGUGUACGCUUUCUUGAUCAAUGAAGAGGGAGAGACUAUCUUUCAUCCUUUACUCAGGCCAAGUUCAGAGCUUGUGGAUGACCCAAUCUUCAUCCAGAUUGAUGAUUUGGAGCAGAGACAUGGUAAACCAGCAAAAUUCACCAAAGUAAAAGAAGCCAUGAUAAAUGGAAAGACAGGGUCCAUGAGAAUAGAAGAUGCCAUUCGUAGUAUGCCAAAGGGUGAUUUUCAAGAUGGAGUUGUUCUUGCUACAAUACCUUCAACAUAUUACUAUGCAUCAAUAAGUGACUCCGUAUAUGCCUUUGCAUUUAACUUAGCUGAUUCUGAUGCAGAGUUCAGGUAUCCUUACAGACCAAAGGAUGUUUCUGAUUUACCUGAAAAUUACUUUCAUAAUAUUGAGGGUUAUGACUCCAAACCUGUCAGAAAGGCUCUAGGUGAUUUGUAUGACAGCCUUGGUGUAAAGUACAACACAGAAAAGUAUCCCAAUAUCCAUAUUACUCGUGAUCACACCACAGUCAUGCUGGCUCCAAAGUCUUACUGUCAUCCUAACGACUACUUCUUCCAUUACAACUUGACUAACAUAAUGAUUGAAGGACAUAAGGUUAUCAAUGGCUUGACAAAUUCUACAGGAUGCCCUAAUGGACGAUUCAGCAAUGCUGUCAGAUCUGAUGUGAUGAUGACWGGAAAGAUUGAGAAAACUUGGCUUGCAAGAAAUCAUGAAAUCCUAAAAGAUGUCCGUUGGACCUAUGUUGGUACUAGGAAUGGAGUAUUUAGGUCUUUUCCUGGACACAGAUCAAGACGUAACUAUGAUCCAACAAAGCGAUCUUGGUAUCAGCGCACGUUAGUUAAUCCUGCAAAGACAUCAGUAUCCAAUGCAUACUUGGAUGCAAGCGGUAUUGGUAAGGUGGUGACUAUAUCACAAGCUCUAUUCCAAGGAUURCMAUCUGGUCUCAAUGCUUCUGGUUUCAAUUGUACUGGAGAUGAUAAUCUUAGAGGAGGAUGUGCUUGCACAAGCAACACUCAGUGUCUAUCAGGAAAGUGCAGAGCCUAUCCCUCCAACUUGACUCUUUGUGCUGGUGACCAUGUUGAAGCUGUGACAGCACUUGAUAUCUUGUACAACGACUUCCACAGCCAAGUGUACAAACUCAUGAAGGCACCUGAUAACGAACGGUCAUGUGGAUCAAGCUACAAGUGUCCUGAUGGCACUCAUACUUGUCAAACUAAAUGCUAUUUGAUUGACAAUCUUGCAAACCUGGUCACUGAUCCAAGUUUCUUGACAGUCAGUACUACAGAUGAGAGGGAGUACAAGAGAGUGUCUCUUGGGCGUAAGGAGGGUGACAUCAUGAAGUUGUUGAUACAGAGAGGCUUCUUUGAGCAGAAUUUGAGGAUUGACUUCCAGGGGGUGUGUAGUGUAUCACCCUAUGCAACUAAGGUGACUUUGGAAGGACUACUCAAAACCCCUGAACAAGAAGAUGAUUACUACAAGGAUAAAGGACCAAUUCCUCCCUUUAGAAAUGAAUUUGGCUGCAUUCAAGAUGUWGUUGGUUACUCAUCUAAUGAUAAGUCACUGGGUUCAGAUAAGAUCAUCUCAGGAAAAAUWGAUGGACCAUGUCGGAAUGGAACAUACUACCUUGCAAGUCUGCCAAAGACAAACCUUUAUCUUUUGGUCAUUGAAAACUGGAGUGACUACAGACAAUCUUACUUUUACAACUUUAACUGUCACAUCACUAAUAAUGUGUAUGAUGCUGGAGCAUUUCGCAUUGUAAAUGGUACAUGUGCACAUAUUGAGACAAAAGAACCACUAAACACUAAAAAGAAAUGCCCAGCUUUUAAUAAUGUCAAGCUGAAAUGUAGUUAUAAUUCCUCUGUAGGUUUAAAAAUGCCUUUUUGUAUGUUGUAUCCRAUUUUAUUGACUUUUUAUUUCAUUACUAUGAAAGUAAUACAUUAGAAAUCUUCUCAUUCAAAAAUUAAUAAUGCUAUGAUAGUUACAUUACAUACAAUAUGUACUUAUGAAAGUUUCAAAAAUCAAACAAUGUCAAAUUGUGUUCGUACACUGCACAAUAGAGCAGAUUUCGUAUGACUGUGCAAAGGCAUGGAUCACAACACGGACAUGGCACGGCACGGAACCUCACCUGGUAAUGAUCCAAAUAAAAAUAAGAAGUUGAGAAUACAUCACCAUCACAGCACAGUACAAACACAACACAAAAGUGCAGUAUUUUUUUGCACAGUCAUAGGAAGUCUACUCUAUUAUACAAUAAUCAAUAAUUUUUAAAAUGAUUAACGUUUAAUUCAGACAUUCUUUAUUAAAAACAAUAUUAAUAGGUUACUUGCAAACAUUAUAGUCAACAUUUUUAUAAAUAUUAGGUUUUAUUGAGUUCAAUAGCAUUAUCAUGUCAUACUAUUCAAUCACAAAUCAUUAACUACAAAUUAUUAUGGUGUGAAUAAAAUAAUAUAUAUUUUUAUUA